CUUAGAGAAGUUUACCGCAGUGUAUCGUCAACUACAGUGUCAUAGACAGUUCUACUUUCGAACAAUGUUGCUCGUAAUUUAAAGACAUGGGGAAAUCUUUUUUAUUGACGUUAUUUGAGCAAUUUCGUACUUUUGUAGACGGACGUCUCAUUAUAUUAAAACUAGCCAAAACAGACCUUAGGCUACAAUACAUUAUCUUAUGUUAUAAGAAGAUAUGAUAAUUUAUACUGUUACUUAUAAAUAAAUUUCAGGACUAACCAUUGAACUUGGCUCUCAUUUAUCUUUGACUAAAAGUUCAUUUCCUUGCAAAGUAAAUAUAAAACCAUUGAUCGUGGGUAAUUUACUUUUUACGAAAUAGCAACGCAAUGUGGGAUGACGUCAGCUGGGCUAAUCUUGAAAUGUUUGCUGUCACUUUUGAGUAUACCUGGUUUUCUUAUACCAUGUAGGUGACUAUCAUAGGAUCAACCUAGGAACCCUAAGUACUGCUUCCGACUGUGACGAUUGUACUUCGCGUGACGUUGCUACUGGAACUGUGUGGCGGUCGGAUGGCUAAGAGCAGAAGACCAGACCGUCCUAACGAUGCACGACCGCACGGUUCUUGGCGCAAGAUACUCAGUCAGUUUAGACGCGCCAAGGACUUGGCAGCUUCGCAUCAGACCUCUGCGGGCCGAAGACCGCGGCUGCUACAUGUGCCAGAUUAACACGCAGCCGAACAUGAAGUGGCAGAUUGGCUGCAUCGAUGUCUACGUGCCCCCGGACAUAAUUAGCGACGACACGUCAUCAGACGUGUCAGUCCAAGAGUUGGAGAACGCCACGCUGACCUGCAAGGCCACCGGGCAUCCUCCUCCGAAAAUCACGUGGAGGAGAGAAGACCACGAGCCUAUACUGCUGAAGAAACCACUCUCAAGGGACUUUGAAAAAGUGGAGAGCUACGUGGGCAGUUCUUUGCCGCUAUGGCGCGUGGACCGAAGACAGAUGGGCGCGUUCCUGUGCAUCGCCUCCAAUGACGUCCCACCCGCCGUCAGCAAGCGGAUCAUACUGCUGGUCAACUUUGCUCCGACAGUAAAAGUGCCAAAUCAGCUGCUAGGAGCACCAUUGGGGACAGAUGUGAAGCUGAAGUGUUACGUGGAAGCUUACCCCAACACCAUCAACUAUUGGAUCAAGAACAGAGGAGAGAUGUUGCUUGACGGCCAACGCAUCUAUAACAGCACAUCGAUCCUUGGCGUGGGCGAUUCUCUCAACAUUAGCCUUUCUUCCAGACCAAAGUACACGAUAAGAGAAGAGAAGACGUCAUACAAAGUGUCCAUGUGGCUGACAAUCAGACAGUUUGCCAGAAGCGAUAUUGGCACCUACAAUUGUGUCAGCACCAACUCCUUAGGCAAGAGUGAGGGCACCCUCAGGCUUUAUGAAAUCAAACUGAACUCCUAUUCUGAAGACUUCAGCAAUCAAAUUAGCGUAGCUGGAGGUCUAACAGAAGCGGCAAAAGGCAACUCCGAGUCUAGAUUACGUUCAGAAAGGACUUUGUUAUUGAUACUGCUUUGUUACGCCAUAAGCUGAACAUGUUUACGUAGUUGGUACGCAUUGUACAUAGUUAUGUCGUGUUUGUUGAUUAUUGCGAAAUUAUUACUAUUACAUACUAGAUUCUUCACAGAGUAUCGUUAGCAGUGAAUUUUACUGAAAGUACGUAGGUACGGUCACGAAUACGGUCAUUAAUAUGUAUACACUUUGGUACCAUGUCACAUUAACUUUUUUAACAAAUUGAACUGUAAAUCUCACUAAAUGUCAAAUAAGUUAGUGCGAUAGAGUCCUAAAGUGGGUACAUUAUAUUGAUAACAGCGAAAUUUUUGGAUGUGAGUAUUUUGAAAUGAGCAACAAAAGUUUUGUUUGAUAAGACCAAACGCAAUCGACUGGAUAUGCCUGCCGCGGUGACACCCCGGACACUUCAUACAAAACACCUCGUUUUACAAACCCACUACACAUUGACGUUGUCAUACACGUGCAUCUGUGCAUGUGACGUCAGACGCCCUUACGAUUGAAGACUAAAGUAAGACUGAGGGAGGUGAGGUGAACCUAUUUCAGCCGCUAGUGGAGAGCGGAGACUUUCUAUCAUCAUCAUCAGCCCAUUAACGUCUAUGGAUGGAUAGUGAGAUCGGGCCUUAAACCAUCACACGGGCCCAGUGCGGAUUGAUGGUUAUUAACGACUGCUUAUGCAGCCGGGACCAACGGCUUAACGUGCCUUCCGAAGCACGGAGGAGCUUGAGAUGAAAACAUUUUUUUGUGGUCACCCUUCCUAUGACCGGCCUUUGCGAAAGUUGCUUAACUUUAACAAUCGAAGACCGAGCGCGUUUACCGCUGCGCCACCAAGCUCCUCAACUUCGCCUUUCUAUACGUAGUAUUAUUCCUUAUUCUAUGCCGUGGCCUACAGUUUCCAAAGGCUGUACUAUAAAGGCCAAAACAUGCUUCACCCUCUGUCGCUUAUCAUUAUCUAAUUAUUUAUGGCCGCCAUACCGCUAUGAAUUCCAGAAUUCAAACUACAUACUACUAGAAGUUAAUGGUUUUAUCAUUUCUCUUGUGUGUAAAAAAUACGUAAGAAAAGUUUUAUUUUUUCCUGCCCAAUGUGUUGAAUUGUUAUCUUUUAAAUUAACUAAUAAAUUGUUUUUUGCUAGUUACACACACUACACAGUUUUGAUUUUCCGUGGAAUCAAUAUCGUGGAGUGGUUUUAAUUGAAAUGAAAAAAUUUCGCAUUAAUCAACAUACAAGAUAAGUACAUCAUUUUAGUAAAGUUAAAAAAGACCGUAAUUCGAUUACAAUAUGAUUAAAAAAAUGUAAAUAUUAUUUUUAAGAUGUAAUAAAGUAAUGCAGAACAACGAUAACAGUAUUUAAAAUACACAAGAUGUGACAACGUCUCUUUCUUAAGCUUAUUGUUUAGUAGACUUUGUGUUGACAAUUAAACGACGCUAAAUACAAAUAUAAAAAUGUAUUUAAAGAUUACUUUAGAUUACAGCGAAAUAAUUAUAUAACGAAUUAAUAAACAAACGCGCAUGCGGCGCGGCGGAGUCGGUCGAGAAGUGGGAGGGUCCCGCGCGCGCGGCGCUCCUGUCAUCUGGUACUUUGUUUCGCGCAUGCGCGCGCGUGUUGGUGUUGCCAACACUUAUUCUUGUUUAGGUAUACCAGUUAUUCCCUUACUAUUUUUAUUUAACGUGUAAAUUAGAAAAAAUAGAACAUAAAACUAUAUACGGGCUCAUGCCCGUAACAAAACGUGGAAAUGCAACUUUGAACUAUUUUUUAUAUAAUAUUAUUUAUUCGAGACUGACUUAACGGCGGCGCUUAGAAUGACCUAAGCAUCGUUAACUCAGUCUCGAGAAUUUUUCUCGAAACUUGAGAACUUAAUAUUGAAAUAAAUGGUUCUAAGUUGCAUUUCCACGUUUUUCAGUCACCGACUAAGAAAAUAUCUCUAUCUACCUAUGUAAAAAGAAUCGUAUCGACUUUUUCGAAAAUCUCGAUUCUAAACAUCAAAUGGCAAAUUCUCUUCUGUUACAAUAUUUUGUGGUUAAAUCCUGUAUGACCGUUUUUAAACUAUAAUCUUAAAUAUCCACUAUCUAUUACUAUUAUUAGACCAGUAUUAUAUGCACGUAACCUUAUUUCUCCUUUUCUCUGAAACACAAAGUUGCUGCAGAGAAUUUUCUUAAAGAUGUUAGUUUACCAAAGGCUUUUCCGUUAUUAUAUUCUUGAAUUUAUUUUUAUAAGAUAGGAGCAUAGAAAAAUUGUUCUUUUACUAUGAAAUUCUGAUACUCGAAGAAGUAUAUUGAAUUUUUAAAACGAUUUUAGGUAAGUAUAAUAUUAUUACAACAUUUUAUAUUUUAUUUUGUUAGCGAUGUAAAUAUUUUCCAUUCGACAAUCUAUGCAAUAUGCGGAGUCAAAAUGAAAACACUUAGAAUGAGUACUUUAGUUGUGAGGUUAAUGUUCCUUUAGGCUGGGUCCACACUAACAUGAUCGCUAGAGAGGAUGUGGUCCCUUUGUUGAAGAUAUGAUUUGUCAAUCUUCAGCCCUAAGAUCAGCCAUACGUUUGAUCCUGGUGUAUUUUGAUACACCUGGUGUAUAAUGUGAAUCUAACUUAAUAACAUAUUAUUUUUCUCCAUGAUGCGUUGUCAUAUUUUGUAUAAGAGAUUAGCUCACAUGUCGCAGUUUCGCUUUGAAUGCCAAAUUGAAGUAUUGUCUACGGUGAUUCGUAAAUUCGACGCUCGUUUAUAAGACUGUUUACAACAAAUAAAUG